AUGCCUGCAGCAUUAAAGCAACCAAUUUCACUAGUUGGAUGGGACUUGAUAAAUGAUCUAAGUGCCUUGCCAGAAAAUGAAGAUAUUAUUACAGAUUUUCUUUUGGAAAGGCUUCAACGUGGUCAAAUUUAUACAUGGGUUGGUUCCCUACUCUUGACACUAAAUCCUAACAAUGAAAUAUCAACAUCUCAUUUGUACAAUUCUUCAGAAUUCAAUAAGUAUACUAACAUAUCUGAUAUUUAUGAUGCAAAACCUCACAUAUUUACCGUGGCCGCUAAGGCGCAUUACAAUCUUAUUAAAGAACUUGGAAAAAGCUGUCAGGUGAUAAUCAUAAGUGGAGAAACUGGAAGUGGAAAAACAUACAAUACUUUUAAGUGUUUAGAAUUUCUUAGUAGUGUUCACAAAAAUUCAGUACAACACUCUCAAGGAGACUGUAUGUACAACAUUAUGCUAAGAAUUACAGACGCUUGUCGUUUAAUAUCUGCUUUUACAACUGCGUGUACUGAGAAAAAUGAAGUAAGUUCAAGGCAUGGACAGCUUGUAAGGCUUCAUUAUAAAGGUGGUAUUAUUUCUGGUGCAACCAUUAAUUCAUUUCUUUUGGAGAGGAGUCGGGUAACAAGAGGAUCGCGCAAUUUUCAAAUUUUUUAUCAGAUGAUAUGUGGAAUGUCAGAAGCAGAACUUAAAACUUUUAACUUGUCCAGAGAUGAUUGUUAUGAUAUAUUAAGUGCGGUAGAUUACACUAAAGGAAUAUAUUAUCAGGACAGCUUUCAAGAUACUCUAAAGGCAUUGAAUGUUUUAGGCUUUGAACCUGAUCAGAAAAAACAUAUUCUUCAAGUUCUUGCAUUAUUAAUUCAUAUGGGAAAUAUUAAAUUUGUAAAGGAUGGUGAAACUUGUACAAUUGAUCUUAGUAACAAUAAAUCCAAGGAAGCUCUAAAAAAUACUUGUGCUCUCAGUUCUUUGACUGAAGAUAUAGUGAUGGAGUUGCUUACUACUAUCCUUAUAAAUCCACAAAGUACUUGGCGAAAACAUACUUCGUUUCAUCGACAUCUUGUUACUGUUGAUGCGUGUCGCAACAGAUUGCAUAGUAUAAUUAGACAUAUGUACGAUCUUCUUUUUCAUUGGAUUCUAAAUCAUAUAAAUAACACUUUAUCCUUAAAACAAGAAUAUUCUCAAUGGCUUGGUAUAUUAGACAUAUUUGGUUUUGAAUCAUUUGAUAAAAAUGGCAUAGAGCAACUCUGUGUAAAUUAUGCUAAUGAGAAAAUGCAACAAUAUUUCAUAGAAACUUACGUGGAAAAUAGUCAUAAAGAUUUACAAGAAGAAGGUUUCAUUGAAUGUUUUAAUUCUUUAUACACUACUAAUUCAUACAAGAAAUGUUUAAAUAUCAUUGAAGAAAAUUUAUUCUUGACUUUGAAUGAUGCUUGUCAGGUUCCUGUAGCAAUUAACAUGUCAACGAUAAUACAAUCAGCAUGUACAAAUUUACAUAAUGUACAGAGAAAGUUUUUAAGUGAAAGAGAAGGAAAUUUCGUUAUAGAACAUUACUCUGGUCCUGUCGCGUAUUCUAUCGAAGAUUUAUUAUCUAAAAAUACAGAUAAGGUUCCAAACGAAAUAUCUAUAAUUUUUAAUACAAGCAGAAAUAAAUUCCUUCGUUCUUUGAUUAAUUUUGAGGAAGAACAAGACUUACAAAUAAAAAUGUCUACCAAGAAACGAACGAUUUUAGCUAAAUUAAAAUACAAUAUGGAUACCCUUAUUAAAGAACUGAGCAAAUGUGAUUUACUUUAUGUACGAUGUGUUAGGCCAAAUCGUUCGAUAAAUAAUGAAUGGGAUCGAAAAGACUUUCAAAAACAAUUGGCUUGCACUGGAGUUUUUCAUGCUUUGCCCUUGGCUAAAUGUAAAUAUCCUAUUCGUUUACGUUAUCGAGAUUUUUAUCACCGCUACUCCAAAAACCCUACAGAAAUUAUUGAUCAUGAUAAAUGUAAACUGAUCCUUGAGGCAAUUACAUCUAAGAAAGAACUACAUACAUUAGUUCAUUUUGGAAAGCAACUGAUAUUUUUAACAGAGUCUAUCUUCCUAAAACUAGAGACAUAUAGAAGGAAUUACCGUGUAAAGUGUGCUAAUAAAAUACAAACAUUUUGGAUAAAGCAUAGAUGUAAAACAAUUCCUGCUAUUUCGAAGUAUUUAACGACUAAUUAUCAAAUAGAAAAUGUACAUAAAAUAAAUGAAAAUGCCACGCAUGUCAAAAUUAUACUGGAUAGUGAACUGAAAAAAUCGAAUAUUUCCGAGGAGGAGGAUGACGUAUUUCUUACUAGUAGUCCCCUGAAAAAUAAUAACGAAGUAGACCACUCAUAUUUUGUAACAAAAUGCGAGAACGAUAUCGAGGAUGAUAAUACAAAUGAAAAUUCGAAUGAAACCCGUUCAGAAAGUAAAAAUAAUGACACAAAGAUAAAUAGUGUCUUUAAAAAGGUACAACAUGAUCUUGAAAAUUGGCAAAAAAAAUUCAAGAAUGUUAAACAUCAAUUGAGAAAUAUGCACACUGAAAAUCAUUUCAAAAGCAAUGCUAAACAAUUUAUGAAACAGAUCAAAUCUCAUAGUUUUUCAAAAUCUAAAUAUUGCAAAAAUUUCCAUGUGUAUAAUGAUAAUAUAGAUAUUAGUUGUAACGAGAAUAAUAAUAAUUUAUUGAAACAGCAUUUAGGUGAUAUAACAUUACACGUUUCUUCGGCUAACACACAAUGUACGGAUAAUGAUGAUGAAAGGAAGUGGUCUAUUUGUUACAAUACGGACAAACAUUUCUGUACUAUACAAGUAAAUUCUUGUACAUUUUUUUAUAAAAAUGGAAUUUUAAGUCGGCGGCGACUUGCUGCAAUACCGAUAAGGAUGCACACUCGUGCUACAUGUUUGGUUAAUUCACAUAUAUUACCGCGUAGUGCAUUACCGCAAGGAUUACGGGACUGUCUUUAACAGAACGAGAAUUGAUCUUUUUGAUAAGCAAUAUACAGAAG